GCAUGUUAUAAUUUCCCAAGAAGCAACCCAUUUUGUCUCUGAUCAAACUGUAAAAUAACUUGUCAUGUAGACAGAACAGCACUUCCACUUCCCCAAAAGAACUGAGACUCACAUGUAAGUGGGGAGUGGGUGGUACUUUGCAUCCCUUUUAGGAAACAGGGAUUUCAAACAACACUCUACAGCAUACUGCUUUGCUAAACAUUUGAUUACAACUUUUUGACAGAACUGACAACUCCAUUAAGAACCACUGGAACUCAACAAUGAGACGGAAGGUUGAAAGUGCUGGAUAUGAUCACUACAGGAAAAUCAGAUACAAUCAUGUGUCUGAUAAGCGAUAUGGCAAGGGAACUCUACUUGCAGGAAGGAAAGAGAAAAGAAGGAGAGAUGAGCCAACAAACACAAUGUUCAGUGGGCAAAAUUCUACAUCAGAUGAUGAUCUACCAGCAAUGGUUACAGCAAAUCAAGGGGAGAGCUCUAGACAUCGAACCAGCUCAGACCUGACAAACAUUAAACCAAAACCUACUGUUCGUGAAACUCUAACAACAGCUGCGAUAAGCAAAAGCAGUGGAAGGACAUCAAAUCAAGGUCUCAUGUCUCCCUUUAGAACAUUUAUCCUUUCUGAGGGGGAUUCCCUUUUUGAAUCAGACCCGUCAGCCUGGGGUGAUAUCAACUCGUUUGAUAAGACAGCCAGUGUGGGCAAGAAUUUACCAUUGUCAAAGCUGACAUCUCCUGGCACAACAGGAUACAGAUUCGAUGGUAAUUCUAUAGCAAGUCUUCAGACAGAGGGAGGAUCAUUAAUUCCUAUAACCUCACCAGUAAUGCAGAAUAGAUUUAGUACACCUCCAACUAUUUUAAGAAGAGGACGAAAGAGAAAAUCUGGCGACACUGAUGCCAGCCACAGUGCCAAUACAGAUCCCUCUUUCAGUAGUCCAAAAGGAGCCACACCUAUAAAGUCCUUGCCAUUCUCACCCUCACAGUUCCUAAACUCUCCAGUGAAUACCAGCAAAGUUCAGACCUCGACUCCAGCUAAUGAAAAGACUCAAGUUAGCACAACAAACACUACUCUACAUACACCUGGUUUACUGGAAACCAGCUCUGGGGAUGAUCCAUUCCGAACUCCACGUAUUAGGAGAACUUUGUUGAAUGUGUCACCACGUACUCCAACGCCAUUCAAGAAUGCUCUGAAGGUGUUAAAUGAAGCAAAAAUGGCACAUGUAAGUUGAACAUAUAAAAUACCAUCAGUUGCAUAUCAGCAUGAGGUACAUCUUGAAAAAAAGGUAUGAAAUGUUGCAUGAUUGGUCUUCAAAUCAUAUUAUUAAUUAUAUCAUAUCAUUAAUCAAGUUUGGCCACUUCAUAAUGGGAACCCUUGUUAGAAGGGGGCACACUCAAGGGGGAGUGCUUUUUAGAAGGGGAUGCUUCUUGGAAGGAGGGUGUAAUCAAAUCACUGCANCCG